AUGUUAAAAAAAUGCCCGGAAGUUGGUUUGUUUGUUUGUUUGUUUCUAUCUAUCUAUCUAUCUAUCUAUCUAUCUAUCUAUCUAUCUCAGUCUGUUCGUAUCUAUCUAUCUAUCUAUCUAUCACAGUCUGUUCUUUCUAUCUAUCACAGGCUUUUCAUAUCUAUCUAUCUAUCUAUCUAUCUAUCUAUCUAUCUAUCUAUCACAGUCUGUUCCAUCUAUCUAUCUAUCUAUCUAUCUAUCUAUCUAUCUAUCUAUCUAUUUAUCUAUCUAUCACAGUCUGUUCUUUCUAUCUAUAGGCUUAAGGCAUGGCGGAAGAGAUGGAGACAUAAUGUUAAAAAAUGCCCGGAAGUUUGCUUCUAUCUAUCUAUCUGUCAGUCUGUUCAUAUCUAUCUAUCUAUCUAUCUAUCUAUCUAUCUAUCUAUCUAUCUAUCUAUCUAUCUAUCUAACAGUCUGUUCAUAUCUAUCUAUAUGACAAUAGAUAUCUAUCUAUGUAUCUUUACUAGUCUAUUCAUAUCUAUCUAUGGUAGUCUGUUCAUUAUCUAUCUAUCUAUCUAUCUAUCUAUCUAUCUAUCUAUCUAUCUAUUCAUAUCUAUCUAUGGUAGUUUGUUCAUUAUCUAUCUAACUAUCUAUCUAUCUAUCUAUGGUAGUUUGUUUAUCUAUCUAUCUAUCUAUCUAUCUAUCUAUCUAUCUAUCUAUCUAUCUCAGUCUGUACAUAUCUAUCUAUCUCAGUCUGUAUAUAUCUAUAUAUCUAUCUAUCUAUGCAACCAACCAACCCUUCCGGCCGAAAUGUUAUUGGAAGAUCCGCACCCCCCACCUUUGCCUAUCGUUUUCCUACCGUGUUUUUUGUCACUUGCAACUCCUCUUUCUUUCUUUUAUUUUCUUUCUUUCUUUCUUUCUUUCUUUCUUUCUUUUUUUUUUUAUUUUCUUUUUUUUCUUUUUUUUCUUUUUCUUUUAUUUUCUUUCUUUCUUUCUUUCUUUUAUUUUCUUUCUUUUUUUCUUUCAUUUUAUCAUUUUUCGGAUUUAUUGUUUUCUUCUUUUCUUCUUUCUUUUUUCGUUCCUAUUUUAUUUCUCCUGUUCUUUCUUUCCGCUUCUUUCAUUUGUGUAAUUUCUUUCUUUCUUUCUCUCUCUCUUUCUUUCUUUCUUUUUCUUUCUUUCUUUUUUGAAAUUUUAAUGUUCUUUCUUUCUUUCUUUCUUUUUCUAAUUUAUUAUUUUUUCUUUUUUUCUUUUGAUUCCAUUUUCUUACUUUCUUUCGUACUUUCUUUUUUUUGUUGCUUUCUUUUUUUUCGUUUCUUUCUUUUUUCUUUCUUUCUUUCUUUCUUUCUUUCUUUCUUUCUUUCUUUCUUUCUUUCUAACACCAUUCUUUCUUCCUUUCGUUCUUUCUUUCUUUUCUUUCUCGAGUCUUCUUUUUUCUUUUAUGCAAUUUCACUCUUUCUUUCUUUCUUUUUUCCUUCUUUCUUUCUUUUUCAUUUUUGCCUUCCAUUAGUUUUUUCUUUCGUUUCUCUUUCUUUCUUUCUUUCUUUCUUUCUUUCCAUUUGUUUUUUCUUUCGUUUCCGUUUCUUUCUUUCGUUUCCGUUUCUUUCUUUCUUUCUUUCUUUCUUUCUUUCUUUCUUUCUUUAA